GCUCGCAAUUUGCGAGAAAUUGCGAGCGGGCGAGAAUGGCGAGAUGAUUUGCGAGUCGCAAAUCAUCUCGCCAUUCCGCCAUUGUGAAAGUGUUAAGUGAUUGUUUACAAGUAAUUUUAUUAAUUGUAAUCAUCAAAUUCAUCGGUUUAUUCCAAUGUUAUCAUGGCACCACCAAAAUCUAUAAUAUGGACACAUUUUACCAAAACAAACGAAACAAUUGCAAAAUGUAAACAGUGUUUUAAGUCUGUGAAGUAUUGUGGGAAUACGUCGAAUUUAUUCAAGCAUUCUAAAACUCAUGGAAUUUCUGUGGACAAAGGCAAAUUACAGAAAAAAGAAAAUAAUAAGUCCAACGAAAGUUCAAAAAAUACAAUAGUGUUGGCCAACUCAAGGCAUUUAAUGGAAGAUGAUCAACCCCAAGCAUCAACAUCGAAAAUUUCAGAAGAUCGUGAUGAUUGCUCUAGUGUAACCACAUUAACAAGUAUGGACUCGGAGACUGCAAGGGAGCUAUGUCUGAGCAAUUCAAUAAAGAAUGCGUUUGAACGAAUUUCAUCUAAUAAAGCUGGUGGUACGAAGUAUAACAGAAUUGUUCAAGCAUUGAUAUUUUUUAUCUGUCAAGAUAUGCGUCCAUUUAAUAUAGUUGAAGGUGAAGGCUUUUUACGACUUGUAAAAGAACUGGAGCCUACUUUUAAAGUUCCUGGCGCAAAGUAUUUAAAGAAAAUUACUACCGAAAAGUACGAAGCUUGUAUAACUAUUUGUAAGUCCAAAUUAUCCAAGAUAGACAAUUUCUGUUUAACGCUGGACAUAUGGACAGAGACAAUGAAUGAAGUAGGAUUCAUGGGCGUCACCAUACAUUUUGUAGAAAAUGGUCAAAUGUGUAUGUAUUAUCUUGCAACUCGUGCAUUAAGAGAGCGACAUACAUCUGAAUACAUAUCGGAAAACCUGCUGGAUAUUUUGAAAAAAUGGAAUAUUCCACUUACCAAAAUUCGUGCUGCUGUAUCAGAUAAUGCCAGUUCAAUGUUGGCUUCCAUACGAAUGUCUUUAGGCGAAAAAAAACAUUUACCGUGUUUUGCCCAUACUAUUAACCUUGUAGUUGAAGAGGCACUAAAGUUGCCCAGUGUUAAAUCAGCUGUUAUAAAAGUACGAGAAAUUGUUAAUUGGAUAAAAAAUAGUGUUGUGCAGUCGGAUAAGCUACGAAAAAUCCAAAUGCGUAAUAAUGUUUCGGCAGGAUCAGUUUUAAAACUUAUUGCAGAUGUAAGAACUAGGUGGAACUCAACUUUUUUUAUGUUAGAGCGAUUUCUUAAGUUAAGAAUAGUAAUAUCAGAAAUUGUAAUUGAGAGUGUAGUGGCUCCAAAUUUGCCAAGUGCAGUGGAAAUGGAAACCUUGAAUUAG